CAUGCAACCUCCUGUUCUAUCGCGUGCUCUGCAAGCUCACUCAAUCGUGUGGCCCAGGAGCCUAGCAUUCCUCAAGCUAUGGCCGUAUCGACCUCCCUUCGAAUUGCCUGGGGGGCCAUGACCUGUACCUGUCCGGAGUGCACCCAGGCGGUGGCGGACUCGGUACUUGAGGCUUACACUCAGAGGGAGACGUGGACACCAGGAAGGGCAGUGGAAGUGGGCAGGAGGAUGAGCUCGAUG